GCUCAAAAUUGUAAACUCAUUGCUUGUGCUGGUAGCAUUUCAGUUGUGUAUAAAAUUGUUAAAAAUACGUGAAAUUGAACUUUAUAACCAGCACGCAAAAUGUAUCCUGCAUCAUCGCUGAACGUUGCUCCAUUUUGGAGUAAUGGACCAAGUCCCGGUGCUUUCUAUAACUUUCCAGGAAUCAGUUCCGGUGGCAGCGCUGUUUCGACGGUUCCGGAAACUCCCGGUGUAUUUGGAACUCAACGUUCCUAUACACCUAUCAACACGGGAUCAUCGGUUGUUGGACUAAAAUUUGCCAACGGAGUAGUUAUUGCUGCCGAUAAGCUGAUUUCUUACGGUUCCAUGGCUCGCUUCCAUGAUGUGGAUCGAGUUUAUAAAAUCAACGAUAAGACAAUUCUAGGAAUCGGUGGCGAUUUCGCAGAUUUCCAAUUUAUCAAACGUUACAUUGAUCAAAAAGUUGUGGACGAUAUGUGCUUGGCCGAUAAAAAUGAGCUGAAGCCCAAAUCUCUGUACAACUGGCUUACGAGAGUGAUGUACAAUCGUCGAUGCGAUUUUAAACCACUUUAUUUGGACAUGGUUGUUGGAGGUAUACAGGAUGGAGAACCUUUCCUUGGACAUGUUAAUCUUCGUGGCCGUGCAUAUACAAGCAACGUUAUUGCGACAGGCUUCGGUACGCACCUGGCCUUACCAUUAUUGCGUGAAUAUUCGGAAAAUCCAACAGCCUAUGCUGGUCUAGAUAAGCAAAAAGCUACAGAUCUUACUAAGAGUGUAAUGGAAGUACUGUGGUAUCGCGACUGCCGUAGUGACCCGAAGUAUUCGCAAGUAUUCUGCACUGCCGAAGGAGUUCAGGAGGAGCCUAACUGCUUUGUCAAGCAGAACUGGGAUUUGGCGACACUCAUUAAAGGCUACUAAUAGGUUUGGCUACGUUUUAUUAUAUUUUUAGAAAUACAAUAAAAUCAUCUA